AUGAUCUACUUCACAUCAUACGCUCACUUGAAAAAAGACGUGUUCCAUGAAGGAAGACGGGGGAAAGUUCUCAGCUUUGGAGAAUUGCUUACAGCAGCUGGUAUUGCCGGUAUGCCUGCGGCUUAUCUAACAACACCCGCGGAUGUUGUGAAAACUCGACUCCAAUCUCAAGCACGUGCGGGACAGACUGUCUACAAAGGUGUCGUGGAUGGUUUCAACAAAAUCUUACAGGAAGAGGGAGUGAGAGCGUUAUAUAAAGGUGGCGUUGCUCGAGUCAUUCGAUCGUCGCCGCAAUUCGCUGUGACACUUGCAUGUUACGAGCUUUUAUCUAAGAAGUUCCCUUACCCAUUCGCUGCCAACAACACAACCGCUGCUCCUUCUAGACCUGCCCUAUCCGCCCAACAGGAUAUUUCUAGGGUAAGAGCGAGGAACGCACUCAGGAUUUUGUUGGAUUGCAGUUCAAGAUUCGGAAUGGUGGAUAGCCAAGCAGCUGCCAAAGGGGUCGCCGGUUUGCCAAAAGUAUUUAAAUCGUGA